CCCCGCCCCCCCGGCCCAGGUGAGAAGACUCGCCGCGGCCUCGCAGCGACCCCCAGCCCGGAUCCCUGAUCCCGGAGCCCGAGCCCGGGAAGGCGGGGAGGGACAAGACUGGAGGCGGGUGCCCUGAAGUUUCUCUGAGAUGAGCAGGUGAUUUGGAAUCAUGGUGCAAAAGAAGAUUUGCCCUCGGUUACUGGACUACCUAGUGAUCAUUGGGGCCAGGCAACCAAGCAGCGAUAGUGUGGCCCAGACCCCAGAGUUGCUCCGGCGCUACCCCUUGGAGGACUACCCCGAAUUCCCCCUGCCUCCAGAUGUGGUGUUUUUCUGCCAGCCUGAGGGAUGUCUGAGCGUGCGGCAGAGGCGCAUGAGCCUGCGAGACGACACCUCCUUUGUCUUUACCCUCACUGACAAGGACACUGGGGUUACUCGCUAUGGCAUCUGUGUCAACUUCUACCGCUCCUUCCAGAAGCGGAUGCCCAAGGAGAAGGCAGAUGGGGGUGCAGGGCACCGCACAAAGGAAGGCAUUAAGACCACUUCUGCUCCAGAGGAGGCAAGCGCAGAGAAGUCAGAGAGUGGUCCUGCCUUGCAGCCCCCCAGUGCUGACUCAACCCCUGAUGGGAACCAAUCUCCCCGGGGCAAGCGCCGGGCUAAGGGGGGCAGCCGCUCCCGCAACAGCACCCUGACAUCCCUGUGUGUGCUCAGCCAUUACCCUUUCUUCACAACCUUCCGUGAGUGUCUGUACACCCUCAAGCGUUUGGUGGACUGCUGCAGCGAGCGACUCCUCGGCAAGAAGCUGGCCAUCCCCCGAGGGGUACAGAGGGACACCAUGUGGCGCAUCUUCACGGGUUCCCUCCUGGUAGAAGAGAAGUCCAGUGCCCUUCUGCACGACCUUCGUGAGAUCGAGGCCUGGAUCUAUCGAUUGUUGCGCUCCCCCGUGCCCAUAUCUGGCCAGAAGCGAGUGGACAUUGAAGUUCUACCCCAGGAGCUACAGCCUGCUCUGACCUUUGCCCUCCCUGACCCAUCUCGAUUCUCUCUGGUGGAUUUCCCAUUGCAUCUGCCCUUGGAACUUCUGGGUGUAGAUGCCUGUUUACAGGUGUUGUCUUGCAUCUUGCUGGAGCACAAGGUGGUGCUACAGUCCCGAGACUACAACGCGCUCUCCAUGUCGGUGAUGGCAUUUGUGGCAAUGAUCUACCCCCUAGAGUACAUGUUUCCUGUCAUUCCAUUGCUUCCUACUUGCAUGGCAUCUGCAGAGCAGCUGCUUUUGGCCCCUACUCCUUAUAUCAUCGGGGUCCCUGCCAGCUUCUUCCUCUACAAACUGGACUUCAAGAUGCCAGAUGAUGUAUGGCUGGUGGAUCUGGACAGCAACCGGGUGAUCGCACCAACCAAUGCAGAGGUGUUGCCCAUCCUGCCCGAGCCUGAAUCCUUAGAACUGAAAAAGCACUUGAAGCAGGCACUGGCCAGCAUGAGUCUGAACACCCAGCCUAUCCUCAACCUGGAGAAGUUCCAUGAGGGUCAGGAGAUCCCGCUGCUCUUGGGAAGGCCGUCCAGUGAUUUGCAGUCCACACCUUCCACUGAGUUCAAUCCCCUCAUCUAUGGCAACGACGUGGAUUCUGUGGAUGUGGCUACCAGGGUGGCUAUGGUGAGAUUCUUCAAUUCCCCCAAUGUGCUUCAAGGUUUCCAGAUGCACACACGAACUCUGCGCCUCUUCCCCCGGCCCGUGGUAGCCUUCCAAGCUGGCUCUUUCCUAGCCUCACGCCCCCGACAGACCCCUUUUGCUGAGAAAUUGGCCAGGACCCAAGCUGUGGAGUACUUUGGCGAAUGGAUCCUCAACCCCACCAACUAUGCUUUCCAGAGAAUCCACAACAACAUGUUUGAUCCAGCCUCGAUCGGCGACAAGCCGAAGUGGUACGCACACCAGCUCCAGCCGAUCUAUUACCGAGUCUAUGACAGUAACUCCCAGCUGGCCGAGGCACUGAGCGUACCGCCUGAGCAGGACUCUGACUCUGACCCCACUGACGACAGUGGCAGUGACAGUGUGGAUUACGACUCAAGCUCUUCCUAUUCAUCCCUUGGUGACUUUGUUAGUGAAAUGAUGAAAUGUGACAUCAACGGUGAUACACCCAAUGUGGAUCCACUAACACAUGCAGCUCUGGGUGACGCCAGUGAGGUAGCAUUUGAUGAGCUGCAGGGAAGCCAGGGGGAUUUGGACGAGCCUGGUCCGGACAGUGAGAAUUCCCAGGACCACCCCCAGCCUCGCUCCAGCUCCAGCACCACGGCCAGCAGCAGUCCCAGCACCAUCAUUCACGGAGCCAACACUGAAUCUGCUGAUUCUACAGAGGUGGGUGACAAGACAGCGACAGGAUUCUCCAAUCCUCUCCGCACUCUGCCCCCUGGUCUUGGCAAAUUCAGCCUGGAUAAGCGCGAGGCCGAGAGCGGAGGCCCCUCAGAGGGGCCGGGGCGCAAGCGCGACUACGACAACCCAUACUUCGAACCUCAGUACGGAUUUCCCACUGAGGAUGAUGAAGACGAUGACGAGCAGGGAGAGAGCUAUACCCCAAGAUUUAACCAAAACCUCAGUGGUAGUAGGGCCCAGCAGCUCCUUCGGCCCAAUAGCCUAAAGCUGGCAAGCGAUUCAGAUGCAGAGUCAGACUCUCGGGCAAGCUCUCCCAACUCCACCAUCUCCAACAACAGCAGCGAAGGCUUCGGGGGCAUCAUGUCCUUUGCCAGUAGCCUGUACCGGAACCAUAGCACCAGCUUCAGUCUCUCAAACCUUGCACUGCCCACCAAAGGGGCCAGAGAGAAGACAACACCCUUCCCUAGUCUCAAAGUAUUUGGGCUAAAUACUCUAAUGGAGAUUGUUACUGAAGCCGGCCCCGGGAGCGGUGAAGGAGGCCGGCGAGCCUUGGUGGAUCAGAAGUCAUCCGUCAUCAAGCAUAGUCCCACCGUGAAAAGAGAGUCUCCGUCACCCCAGGGGCGGGCCAGCAAUUCCAGCGAGAACCAGCAGUUCCUGAAGGAGGUUGUGCACAGCGUGCUGGACGGCCAAGGAGUGGGCUGGCUUAGCGUGAAGAAGGUGAGGCGGCUUCUGGAGAGCGAGCAGCUCCGUGGCUUCGUUCUCAGCAAGCUGACCCGCCUGGCGCCGGCCGAGGAAGGCGCCCCCCAGGAGACGAUCCCUGAUGUGGAGAUAAGCCGCAAGGUCUACAAGGGGAUGCUAGACCUUCUGAAAUGUAUGGUGCUGAGCCUGGAGCAGUCCUAUGCUAACGCUGGCCUCGGCGGCAUGGCCAGCACCUUUGGGCUCCUGGAGAUUGCCCAGACCCACUACUACAGCAAAGAGCCAGAUAAACGGAAGAGAAGUCCUACAGAUAGUGUGAACACACCAGUUGGCAAGGAUCCAGGCCUGACUGGGCGGGGAGACCCAAAGACCAUGGCCCAGCUGAGGGUUCCCCAGUUGGGACCACGGGCACCAAGUGCCACAGGAAAGGGCCCCAAGGAGCUGGACACCAGAAGUCUAAAGGAAGAGAAUUUUGUGGCUUCUAUUGAGUUGUGGAACAAGCACCAGGAAGUGAAAAAACAAAAAGCUUUGGACAAACAGAGGCCUGAGGGAAUUAAACCUGUCUUUGACCUUGGUGAGACAGAUGAGAAGAAGUCCCAGAUCAGCGCAGACAGUGGAGUGAGCCUGAUGUCUGGUUCUCAGAGAAGUGACCUGGAAUCCAGCGUUAGUGUAGGCCCAGCAGUUAUGAUCCGAAGCACAAGCCAGGAUUCUGAAGUUAGCACUGUGGUGAGUAACAGCUCUGGAGAGACCCUGGGAGCAGACAGCGACCUGAGCAGCAAUGCAGGUGAUGGACCAGGUGGCGAUGGCAGCGCCCACCUGGCAGGACUUCGUGCCACUGUGUCUGACAGCGAAAUUGAGACCAAUUCUGCCUCAGGCGCCAUCUUUGGCAAAACCCACAGUCUGAAGCCAAGUGCAAAGGAGAAAGCAGUGGGCAGCCCGGUUCGUCCUUUUGAAGACGUGAGCCAGCGUGUCUACCUCUAUGAGGGACUCCUAGGAAGGGACAAAGGAUCCAUGUGGGACCAGUUAGAGGAUGCAGCUAUGGAGACCUUCUCUAUGAGUAAGGAGCGUUCUACCCUGUGGGACCAGAUGCAGUUCUGGGAAGAUGCCUUCCUUGAUGCCGUGAUGUUGGAGAGAGAAGGAAUGGGCAUGGAUCAGGGACCCCAGGAAAUGAUCGACAGGUACCUGUCCCUGGGAGAACAUGACCGGAAGCGUCUGGAGGAUGAUGAAGAUCGAUUGCUGGCCACACUCUUGAACAACCUCAUCUCUUAUAUGCUUCUGAUGAAGGUAAACAAAAAUGACAUCCGGAAGAAGGUGAGGCGACUGAUGGGGAAGUCACAUAUUGGGCUUGUGUAUGGCCAGCAGAUAAACGAGGUGCUAGAUCAGCUAGCCAGCCUGAAUGGGCGGGACGUGUCUCUCCAGCCAAGUGGCAGCCGUCACAUCAAGAAACAAACAUUUGUGGUGCACGCGGGGACAGACACCAGUGGGGAUAUCUUCUUCAUGGAGGUGUGUGACGACUGUAUCGUCUUACGCAGCAGCACGGGCGCGGUGUCCGAGCGCUGGUGGUACGAGAAGCUCAUCAACAUGACCUACUGCCCCAAGACCAAGGUGCUGUGCCUGUGGAGAAGGAGCGGGCCUGAGACGCAGCUCAACAAGUUCUACACCAAGAAGUGUCGGGAGCUGUACUACUGUGUGAAGGACAGCAUGGAGCGUGCUGCGGCCCGACAGCACAGCGCCAAGCCAGGUCCAGAGCUGGGUGGUGAGUUCCCAGUGCAAGACAUGAGGACGGGCGAGGGUGGCUUGCUUCAGGUUACGCUGGAGGGGAUCAACCUUAAGUUCAUGCAUAGCCAGGAGCGGAAGGUUUUCAUAGAGCUGAAUCACAUUAAAAAGUGCAAUACAGUUCGAGGCGUCUUUGUCCUGGAGGAAUUUGUUCCUGAAACUAAAGAAGUGGUGAGCCACAAGUACAAGACGCCAAUGGCCCACGAGAUCUGCUACUCCGUGUUGUGUCUCUUCUCUUAUGUGGCUGCUGCUCGGAGCAAGGAGGCUGAGGGCAGAAGCAAACCCCCCCGGCCAGUCUCUAGCUGAUGGAGGAGAAUUUGGCAGCGGCCCCUGCCCAGGGCCAUCUCCUCAGCUCUCGCUUCCCCUGGAGUGCACGUUGAUGUUGUCGCUGACACUGGAUAGUUGUGUUCACUCUAAGCCCCGUCCCCGCUCAGCGUGGGCUCCAGCCGUGUGUGUUCGAGUGUGUGUCUGUGUGUCUCUCUCUAGCGGGGCCAAGCUGACCUCCUCCUUCCCUGCUAUGACCCCCUACUCCACCCCAGGCCCCCCAGGCCUGCUCCCUAGGGCUACAGUCUGUAGGUCUCUCUGUGGUCUGUUGGCUUCCAGAAACUGGGGAGUGGCCACAUGCGUGUACUGCUCUUGUGUCCUUGUGAAGUGUGUUCUGUGUUUCCCUUUCUGUGUCCUUGGCACUUUAACCCUGCAGGGAAAAUUCCUGCCCCUGCCUAGCAGGGGUCUGCCCCCGAAGACCCUCUGAGUGUACACCUGGUCUUCUGGGAUAGCUCCCUUCAUUGGAGAAUAAGGAUGCCCUGAAGCCCUCCCCUGCCCACCAGGGGGUAGGUGAAGGUGGGGACUCAGGAGGGGCUGGUGGCUGGAGGGGUAAUCAAUCAUGCCCCCUCCCCCACUGUCUUUCUCAAGCCGGCGGCCCCACCCCAGCUGCCCCCACCUCCAUUAACCUCCUGGAGCAUUCAUUGGCAUGAGGGACUUGAGAGUGGUGGGGUCACCUUGGGCCCAGAUACCCGUGGCUAUUCUGCCCGGAUGGAACCAGAGGGGGCUGAGGAGGGCCGAGUUCAGUGUAAAUAUUUGUCUGCAGAUGCUGCCUACCUGGGCUGUUGGGGCAGGCAAGAGAUGGGUGUAAAUAUGUCUGAUCUGCGUUAUUUAUAGAUGAUGUACAGCCGUGUAUGUGAAUGUGAAAUAAACGUCCUUCUCUCCCCUUGACUCCCCAGA